UUACUUCAGGUCACUUUAGACAAGUGGUCAGCAACUACAGUACGAAAAUGACUGUUGUGAAGUGACAUUUUUAUGUAAUCAACGUUAUACUGAGAAGAAAUGGCGGAUUUUCCUGGGAAAGUCAACACUCAGACCAGAUCCAGUGAACCUCACAGAAGUUAUGGAAGCACACUAAUGGCAGACAUGGACUUCAUCAGAAGUAUUCCUGGUAUCCUACUUAUAGCUGAGAUUUUUGUUGGAUUACUGGUGUGGUCGCUGAUCGCCAGCACCAUCUUCACUUCAAAUUCUGCUUAUGUUUGGGUGAUGAUUGUCAGCAUGACGCUGUGGCUCCUGAGCAUUGCCCUGUUUGUUGUGCUGUUGUUGAGGUUUUAUCAGAGUCUACCCUCAGUGCCCUGGCCUUUAGUGCUCAUGGUGUUCUAUGUGGUCGCAUCUGUUCUAUACGUAACUGCCUUUUUGGCUGAUGCAGCAUCUGUCCCAGCCCAGACGGAUAUCUGGCAUGGUCAUCUGGGAGCUUCUGCAUUCUUUGCCAUUGUGGUGACUCUGUUAUACGGAGCUAGCAGCUACUUAGCCUAUUUGGACUGGAGGGGUGAAGGGCAAAAUGCAGCGGCGAGUACAGUGCCUGUGUAGACCAUCCUCUGAUUAACAUUCUCUGUCACUAUGUGAGGAGACUUAGACUUGAGAUAUUACUCAGAUUUUUUGGCACUGCUGAAAAUCCUCCUUAGGAACGUCCAACAACCCUUCUGUAUAAUGGUGCCCAACAAAGUUGCUUGCUGGUUAAUAACAUGAACAUUGUGUGUAUGCUUAUGUGCAUCAGGCGUGGGGUCAGUAAGAUUUUU